GUGGAUCGGUCAUUUAACAUAUUAAUCGAAUCAAAAUCGAUUAAAAUGAUCGAAUGAUUGAAUUAAUUAAACUGUCAACCAAAGAGCUGUCAAGUUCACAUUCCGCCAUUUAAAAAUUUGUCCCGCACAGAGUAUGUGCGUUUGGUCUUGUCCUUAAAUUUCUCCGAAGUCCCUUUCUCACGUCAAGAUGGUUAGGGAGGACAAGGCUACCUGGAAGUCUAACUACUUCACUAAGAUUAUCCAACUAUUAGACGAGUACCCAAAAUGUUUCAUCGUGGGUGCCGACAACGUAGGCUCGCAACAGAUGCAGCAGAUCCGCAUCUCGCUACGAGGAAGCAGCAUCGUACUCAUGGGCAAGAACACCAUGAUGCGUAAGGCCAUCAAGGACCAUCUGGAGACCAACCCCGCGCUGGAAAAGCUGCUGCCCCACAUCAAGGGCAAUGUAGGCUUUGUCUUCACCCGUGGAGACCUUGUGGAAGUGCGUGACAAAUUGCUGGAGAACAAAGUUCGUGCCCCAGCCCGUCCUGGAGCCAUUGCACCUCUAGCUGUGGUAAUCCCUGCGCACAACACUGGUCUGGGUCCUGAGAAGACUUCCUUCUUCCAGGCCCUUUCCAUCCCCACCAAGAUUUCCAAGGGUUCCAUUGAAAUCAUCAACGAUGUGCCCAUUCUGAAACCCGGAGACAAAGUGGGCGCCUCCGAAGCGACUCUGCUCAACAUGCUGAACAUCUCGCCCUUCUCGUACGGUCUUGUAGUUAAGCAGGUGUACGACUCGGGCACGAUCUUCGCGCCAGCAAUCCUGGACAUAAAGCCAGAGGACCUGCUGGCCAAGUUCCUGGAGGGCGUGGCGCACGUGGCGGCCGUGUCGCUCAGCGCCGGCUACCCCACGCUGGCCUCCGCGCCGCACUCCAUCGCCAACGGCUUCAAGAACCUGCUGGCGGUCGCCGCCGUCACCGACGUCAACUUCAAGGAGGCCGAGACCAUCAAGGAGUUCAUCAAGGACCCGAGCAAAUUCGCGGCUGCAGCUGCAGUCGCCGCACCCGCCGCCGCAGCUCCGGCCGCUGAGAAGAAGGAGGAGAAGAAGGAAGAGAAAGAAGAGUCUGAGAGCGAUGACGACAUGGGCUUCGGUCUCUUCGACUAAGUUCCACGGACUCCGGGAAACUGGCUAAAUCCGGUUUGAUCUGGAUGUUGGUCCUGCGUUGCUGGCUGCCAUGUGGGGCCAUCUGCGCCGCCGGGUCGGACGCCCGUAUGGCGGCCGAUGUGCCUCAUUUGUGUGCUUGUCAAUAAAUAUUAAAAAAUA